AUUUAUGAGACAUCAUAUCCUAUUAUGUCUCUGUCUCUCUGCUUUCCCUUCAAUUUCCUUAACCCCAUUUCCUUCCUUCAAACCUUUUUACUUUUUCUUUUCAUUUUUCAAACCACUUUCAUUGUCUAUAAAUAAACAUUUCAUCUAAAGACCAUCAUUGUUGAUUGGGUUUUGACGUAGAAUGAGAACAGAUAGGUGGGCUAAGAGCAUGGGAAGGAUUUCGAGGAUUGGCAGUUUAGCAAUUGCGUCAAAGGAAAACCAACAACAACCUAGUAUUACAUGUACCACGUUUAACAUUCUCGCUCCAAUUUACAAGCGCAUCAACGAUGAGGAUCCGAGUUGCCGUGAGAGCGACUACAGAGCGUAUUGGUUGGCGAGGAAUCACAGAAUAUUGGACUGGUUGUUGAAUGAGAUGUCUUCUAUUAUCUGUCUUCAGGAAUUUUGGGUUGGAAACGAAGAACUUGUUAACUUGUACGAGAAUAGACUUGGUGAUGCUGGCUAUGUCAGUUUCAAACUUGGAAGGACUAACAACCGUGGGGAUGGUCUUCUAAUAGCAGUGCAAAAGGAAUACUUUAAUAUUCUAAAUUAUAAGGAAUUGCACUUCAAUGACUUUGGUGAUCGUGUGGCUCAGUUGUUACAUGUUGAACUAGCUUCUCCGUUCACACAAUGGCGAAACAGUAAUAUUAGGCAGGAAAUUUUGAUUGUUAACACUCACCUGUUAUUUCCCCAUGAUUCAACUCUAUCCCUUGUACGAUUGCAGCAGGUCUACAAGAUACUUCAAUAUGUAGAAUCUUAUCAGAAUGAUUUCCAACUCAAGCCGAUGCCAAUAAUGUUAUGCGGUGACUGGAAUGGAAGCAAACGUGGACAUGUCUACAAGUUCCUGAGAUCUCAGGGCUUUGUAUCAUCAUAUGAUACUGCACAUCAUUACACUGAUGCAGAUGCUGACAAGUGGGUUAGCCAUCGCAAUCAUCGUGGAAAUAUAUGUGCCGUUGAUUUUAUUUGGCUUCUAAAUCCUGACAAAUAUCGGAAACUGCUAAAAGCAAGUUGGAGUGAAGCAGUGUUUGGCAUGUUCAAGUAUCUACUGCGGAGAGCAUCACUGACUGAGAGUGAUGCAUUUGCCUUUCUAAAGGCUGAUAAUGAAGAUUGUAUUACCUAUUUUGGUUUCUGUGAAGCACUUCGACAGCUCAAUUUAACUGGUCAUUCCCAUGGAUUGGGUGAUGAAGAGAUAAAUGACCUGUGGCUCCAAGCAGAUGUAGAUGGAAACGGUGUUCUUGAUUAUAAAGAAUUUCUGCAAAUCUGGAACACAGGACCAGAUCAAAGAGAUGACAACAAAAAUGGGGAGAAAGAAGAGGGUUCAAAUGAUGCACAGGAGCAAACAAUUGGUUUCAGUGUGAAAAAUGCAGUUUUGUUCCCCCCUGAGGUGGAGAAAGGUAGAUGGCCUGAAGACUACUCCCUUUCUGAUCAUGCAAGACUCACAGUAGUCUUUUCACCAAUAAGAAUGCCAUGCUCCCAGAUGAUUUGCUGACAUUGAUUGCUUUAGGUUUUAGAAUAAUGUACAUAUGUCAAUGCAAGGAAUGGAAUAUGGGUGAAGCAGUUGAACGAGCAAGGAAAGAUACAACAAGACUUGUUCCUUUCUAGGGAGUGAUUUUAAAGAGCCCUGUGUUGUGAUUGCAACACUUGUCACCCAAUCAUUUAUUGUUCUUUGGUGGAUGAUCUGUAUAGUUGUUGUGUAUAGGUCUUAGGCGUCAAACCUUUUUGUAGUUUGGUAAGAUGCACCCUCUAGCUAGAGCUUUCUUUAAACAGGGGAGAAUUCAGACACCAUUGUAUCUUGUGUAAACAUAUUUUUCUUUUCAGAGUUGUCACAUUCAAAUUGUACAAAUCAACUUGUUUCAAUUUAACAACUCAGGUCUCUCCUUAUCCUCCAAGAGAAGAAAGGAGAUGAAAAUUUGGUAA